GAUGCUACUGUGCAAAUUCGGGAGGAGGGGAAAGAGGACCAGUUGGUCCGUCGUCGCAGGUUAGAAGGCCCCGAGAUGGAGGGGACUGCCGAGGCCGAUUUUAAGACGCUGAGCAAGCCGGCGACUCAUGUUAUCGAUUGUGGACUUUUGGGUGAGGUCUCCGGGAUGAUACUGGGUGCUAAGAAGGAUGAGAUACUUCGAGAGGCAGUAGGGGUAGUUUGCAACCUACGCACGAGUGGUACGCCGGCCCAGGUCCGCUAUAUUGUUGAGCACAACAAGGGCAUCACGGCGAUAUGUACAGUGCUGGACGUGAGGGAUUCUAGGAUGGUCCUGGUGGUGUUGGAGGCCAUCGAGGGCAUUUUGAAGGUGGGAUGCGAAGUCCAGGAGGAGACGGGAGAGAACAUAAACCGAUACCUAGAAAUGGAGGAGUGUGGAGGCUUGAGUAAGAUAGAGGAACUGCAACAAGAUGGCAGAGGGGUAGGGGUCGACUGGGAGGUUGAGUUGUUCAUGGCCGAUAGGAGACUCGUUGACUGCAGCUUGAAGGACCUUCUUGCUGACCAACAGAUCGCUUGGUGGCUGGUCGGCUGUACAGCAGUUUAUGCAGUGCUCUCGAUGGUUGUGAUUCCUACAUCACUGGCUGUGGUGACACUAGCGGUGAUGGGGAUAGGAGCAGUGUACGUCGGUAGUUACUGUGGGGUAGAACCCCUUGACCCUGCUCACAAAUUACUGUUCCCUGGGCUUCAUCGGAAAACUGAUGGGGAUAUUGUGGCUUGGGAGAGGCGUGUUGAGACGCCUGAAAUUGAGGAUACGGGAGAACGGCCGGAGGUUACUCCGCGUAACCCAUUGGAGUCUGGCUCUAAGGUGAAGAUGAGCAUAGGCUACGUCGGGGACGACUAA